AGUAGUGCAUCCCUCCUAUGAACUUCAAGAAGAAAUUUUAACUUGAGUAUCUAAUUUCAAGUGUUUCUCAUGAAACAUGCUGUUUGGCUCAGGGAGGGAAGUUCUAUAAGCUAAGGUAGAAGAUAAUGCAAAACUCUUGUGAAGACACCUAAAUAUUAAUAUCAUCCCAGCUAAAGCACAUUGUUAAUAAUUUGAAACUAGCUGCUCUAUGAAGGCAGGGACCUUUCUGUACUCAUUUUUUCCUCUCCAUAACAUGUGUUCAUACUGGUGAGCUAGCCACAAGGCCAUGGAACUCUAGGGACUUGCCAUGGCUGUUUUCCCUUUAGAAUUAAGAUCCACAAGCACUUUCUUCUGUAUAAGCCCCAUGAUUUUUGUCAUGUGUGUUGAUUAUCAUGACCAUUGCUGAUUAAUCCACCCUUUUCUUAUUCCUAAAGCAACUUUCUGCGUAGGUUAGAUGUACCAGAGCCCCCAGCCUAUGAGGAGAUCUGGUUCGAGGACUCUGUUCCACAGAAAGUCUCCACAUUGGAUGGUACCUAUGGAUCCGAUGAAAUUCUCUUUCUUGGUCAUUUUGAUUUCCAGAGAAGGCAGUAGAAACAGAUGGAUUAUGAUGGCACUGUUACUAUAGAGGAGCAGAUUGUCCUUGUGCUAAAAGCUAAAGUGCAAUGUGAACUCAACAUCACAGCUCAACCCCAGGAGGGAGAAGGUAAUUGUUUCCCAGAAUGGGAUGGACUCAUUUGUUGGCCCAGAGGAACAGUAGGGAAAAUAUCGGCUGUCCCAUGUCCCCCUUACAUUUAUGACUUCAAUCAUAAAGGAGUUGCUUUCCGACACUGUAACCCCAAUGGAACAUGGGAUUAUAUGCACAGCUUAAAUAAAACAUGGGCCAAUUACUCAGAGUGCCUUCACUUUCUGCAGCCAGAUAUCAGCAUAGGAAAGCAAGAAUUCUUUGAACGUCUCUCUGUAAUGUACACUGUUGGCUACUCUGUUUCCUUUGGUUCCUUGGCUGUGGCUAUUCUAAUCAUUGGUUACUUCAGACGAUUGCAUUGCACUAGGAACUAUAUCCACAUGCACUUAUUUGUAUCUUUCAUGCUGAGAGCUACAAGCAUCUUUGUCAAAGACAGAGUGGUCCAUGCUCACAUAGGGGUAAAGGAGCUGCAGUCCCUGAUAAUGCAGGAUGACCUACAAAAUUCCUUUGAAGCACCUACUAUAGACAAAUCACAAUAUAUCGGGUGCAAGAUUGCUGUUGUGAUGUUUAUUUACUUCUUGGCUACAAACUACUAUUGGAUCCUGGUGGAAGGUCUCUACCUGCAUAGUCUAAUCUUUGUGGCUUUUUUUUCGGACACGAAAUACCUGUGGGGCUUCAUCUUGAUAGGCUGGGGGUUUCCAGCGGCAUUUGUCGCUGCCUGGGCUGUGGCACGAGCAGCCCUGGCUGAUGCAAGGUGCUGGGAACUCAGUGCUGGAGACAUCAAGUGGAUUUAUCAAGCACCAAUCUUAGCAGCUAUUGGGCUAAAUUUUAUUCUGUUUCUGAAUACGGUUAGAGUUCUGGCUACCAAAAUUUGGGAGACCAAUGCCGUUGGGCAUGACACAAGAAAGCAAUACAGGAAACUGGCCAAAUCCACGCUGGUGCUGGUCCUAGUGUUUGGAGUGCAUUACAUUGUGUUCGUGUGCCUGCCCCACUCCUUCACUGGGCUCGGGUGGGAGAUCCGCAUGCACUGUGAGCUCUUCUUCAACUCCUUUCAGGGUUUCUUUGUGUCUAUCAUCUACUGCUACUGCAAUGGAGAGGUUCAGGCGGAGGUGAAGAAGAUGUGGAGCCGGUGGAAUCUCUCCGUCGACUGGAAAAGGACGCCGCCGUGCGGCAGCCACCGGUACGGCUCGGUGCUCACCACCGUGACGCACAGCACCAGCAGCCAGUCGCAGGCGGCGGCCAGCGCGCGCAUGGUGCUCGUGUCCGGCAGGGCGGCCAGGGGCGCGGGCAGGCAGCCCGACAGCCACGUGACGCUGCCCGGCUACGUCGGGAGUAACUCGGAGCAGGACUGCCUGCCGCACUCCAUCCACGAGGAGACCAAGGAAGGUUGCGGGGAGCAGGGCAAUGGCAUUCCAAUGGAGGCGUCUUCCAGGCCUGUGGCGUUUAACCUAGACACUGAAGGAUGCAGAGAAACCGAGGAUGUUUUCUGAAUCAACUCUUGUGGCUCGAACGGGCUGGUCCCUUUGGUUGUGUGAGCAAAGGUUGUCUGGCAUUCCUCCGCUUGAGCCUGAAGGCUGAAAGUUCAGGGUUAGGGUGUUAUUUAAAAGUUUAUGUGCUCCAUGAAUUUGGCUCUUACAAAUCCUAAAGACACAAAAAGGGAAAUGUCAACGGAGUAGUUUAUCACCUUAUGUUGGCGUCAGGUUCUCCUCUAGAUUCGUGUAUGGUACUUGCUCUGUGAUUGUUCUUUUCUUUUUUUUCUGCUACUUUUGGGUGAAAAAGGUUUCAGUUGCUUGAUUCCAGCUUUCUGUCAUAAAUGUCACCCUAAAUAGGAUAAAAAUCAUUUAGUAUGUGUCAUUUUCCUUUUAAGAAAUGAGCACUCUCUUCUUGUCUUUCUCACUUUAAUGUACUAUCACUGCAUUCGUUUUGCCUGUGCAUAGGGAGCAAUUAGGAUAUGAAAAAUGUUUGUUGAAAGAUAAAAGAUCUAAAAACAAGUAUGCACUGGAAAAUUAGUUGGCUGGACAUUGAUAAAAUAAUGAACUUAGGACAAUUAAACUUGUUUCUAGGAGCAAGGAAAGUCUCUCAAAAAAAGAAUAUUUCACAUAGCCUUCCUUUUGGAUGUCCCCUUUGUGAGCAGAGAUCAGGUCUUCACUCCUUUGUAAACCAUGACAUGUAGAAAGGUUUUCUCAAUUAGUGAGCCUGUGUCUGCAACUGAUUUUAUUUGUAAUCAUUUAUAUUGAUAGUAAAUCACACUGCAUCUGUAUCUUUUUCUUGUUUGAUCUGUUACCAUAAUACUACACAUGGCAUGUGGGAUAAAUUAAAAGUUUGCUUUAAAAAUA